AUGUUGUUGGAUCCCCCACAACAGGCGCAGCAGCAGCAGCAGCCGCAGCAGCAGCGAAAGCAGCAGCCGCAGCAGCAGCAGCGGCAGCAGCAGCAGCAGCAGCAGCAGCAGGGGCUCCCGGGCGCAGCUCCGGUGACGCGGAGUUCUUCCGAAAACCCCCGCGGGGGUUUAGGGUUUGGGGUUUGCGGCGAGGGGGGCCCCCCGGGGGCCCCCCACGGGGGCCCCUUGGGGGGCCCCCCGGGGGCCCCCGAGGGGGGCCCCCCCGGGGGGCCCCCCGGGGGGCCCCCCGCGGGCUCCCGCGUGCGGCAGGUGCUGCUGGAGGCCCUCACUCGAAUUAAAAAAAAAGAUAAAAAACAAUUCUUUGCUGCUGCUGUUGAUAAAGAACUUGUUCCGGAUUAUCAUUUAGUGGUGGAGAGGCCUAUGCAUUUCGAGGCGAUUCGGGAGAAGGUCGAGAACAGCCAAUACGCAGACUUCGCGGCGUUCGACAGCGACGUGGCGCUGAUAGUUUCCAACUGCCGCCUCUACAACAGACCCGACACUCCCUUUUGCAGAGCAGCAGCUUUAGUGGAGUCUUGUUGGGGGAAGUUUCGGGAGCGGUUUCGCGCGAAGUUUGCUGCUGCUGCUGCAGCAGAUGCUGCUGCUGCUGCUGCUGCAGCAGCAGCAGCAGCAGCAGACCCCAAGGACGACAAACACGCCCCCGCCGCCCCACAGCCCGCAGCCGAUAAGGCCCUCGACAAACUCAGCGACAGGGACGCUCCCCAAGACAUGCAGGGGGACCCAGCGCGGGGCGUGGAGGCGGCGGAGGACUUGACGGAAGUUGAAAACCCUUGGCCGCGGCAGCGGCUGCUGUCAGCUUUGCUGCUGCGGUCUUUGGCAAACCCUGCUGCUGCAGAAGCUCUGGGGCUGCUGCAGCACAAAACCCUAAACCCGCAGCAGCAGCAGCAGCAGCAGCAGCAGCAGCAGCAGCAGGAGCAGCCCGCCCACCCCGUGGUCGCCAGCAACCCCAUCGCAGACCCCUUCUUUUGGUUUUCUUUUCUGCUGCCAGACGCAGCACUAGAAGCAGAAGCAGCAGAACGCGCAGCAGCAGCAGCAGCAGCAGCAGCAGAUGAAGCAGCAGACGGGGGCCCCCUGGGGGCCCCUGGGGGGCCCCCCUGGGGGCCCCUGGGGGCCCCCAAGGGGCCCUCAGCCAUCGAGUACCCUCUUGUGGCUUAUCCUGGGGCCCGUCCCUUAAAGAGGCAUUUGGGGCGCCAGUUAUCAUACAACGCUAGCAUUUCGGCCUUUCUGGGCCCCGAGGCCCUGCAGCAGCUCGAAGCAAAAUGCCCCAAACUGCGGCUGACAGUUCGGCGGCUGCGGCAGAAGGAAUUGCCCCGGACUCCCCUCGCAGACAUCAGGAUAUUUGGCGUGGACACGGCGGAUUUCUCGGAAUUCAACUCUCGCCUGAGGUUUGAUCAGUCCCUUCUUUUGGGAGUUGGAGAGGCCCACAUUUUAUCUGCAAGGACCCUUUCAAGGGGGCCCCCGGGGGGCCCCCUGGGGGCCCCCCUGGGGGCCCCCCUAGGUGCAGCAGCAGCAGCAGCAGCAGCAGCAGCAAAGCGAACUCCUGGGGGCCCCUCGGGCAUUUGCACGGAUGUGCUGCUGGCGCUUUGCGGGGCCGGCAGAAUGGGCAGCAGCAGCAGCAGCAGCAGCAGCAGCAGCAGCGGCGUUGCUGCUGCUGCCUUCGCGCAGGAGCAGCAGCAAAUGCGGCUGCGGCUGCUGCAGGCAGCAGCCAAAGCAGCAGCAGCAGCAGCAGCAGCAGCCCCGCCGCUAGGUGCAGCGUACCCAAGGGGGCCCCCAGAAGGGGGCCCCUUCCCAGCUUCAGCUUCAGGGGCCCCCGCAGCAAAACGCCUGAAGACGGACGCAGCAGAAGCAGAAGCAGGUGCAGCAGCAGCAGCAGCAGCAACUGCUGCUGCUGCUGCUGCUGCUGCUUCCGGGCCUGCAGCUGCAGCCAAGCCGCCUGAAGAAAGCGCCGCUGCUGCUCUGGCGGAUGCUGCGAAGCUGCAGCAGGGAGAUCGACCAGCAGCAGCAGCAGCAACAACGGCAGCAGCGACAGCAGCAGCAGCAGCAGCAGCAGCAGCAGCAGGGGCCCCAGGGGUGCCCCCGAGGAGCUUGCCGGGCCAUUUCGAUGCGCUGUACGAUUUGCUGCUAAGCACGCCGCAGCAGAAGCAGCAGCUGCAGCAGCAGCUGCAGCAGCAGCUGCUGCUGCAGCAGCAGCAAGGAGUCGCGAGCGCCCAGCUGUUGCAGCAGCAGCAGCUGCAACAGCAGCAGCUGCAGCAGCAUCAACAGCUACAACAGCAGCAGCUGCAGCAGCAACAGCUGCAGCAGCAGCAGCUGCAGCAGCAACGCAUGCGACGCCCGGGGGGCCCCCCACCAACAGCAACUCUGCAGGGGCCCCCCUUGGGGGUAUUCCCAGGGCCUAUGGCUGGGCUGGCGCAGCAGCAGCAGCAGCUGCUGCGGCAGAAUCGGCAGCUGAACGUGCUGCAGCAGCAGCUGCACCAGCAGCAGCUGCAGCAGCAGCAGCAGCAGGCCAUGGACCCUGCAAAGCAGCAGGCGCUGCAGCAGCAGCACGCGGAACACAGCGCUGCCGCCGCUGCUGCUGCUGCUGCUGCUGCUGCUGCAGGUGCGGCUCCCCCGCUGCCGCCCCUUCAGAUGUUCCAGCAGCAGCAGCCUCAGCUGCUGCUGCAGCAGCAGCCACAGCAGCUGCAACAGCAGCUGCUGCAGCAACAGCUGCUGCUGCAGCGGCAGCCGCAGCAGCUCCAAAUGGCAAGUCAACCGCCUCCUGUAGGUGUCCCUACGGCGCAGCUGCUGCAGCAGCUGCAGCAGCUGCAGCAGCCGCAGCCGCUGCAGCGGCUGCAGCCGCCACAACAGCUGCAGCAGCAGCAGCAGCAACUGCAGCAGCAUUUGCAACAGCAGCAGCAGUUGCAGCAGCAGCUGCAGCAGCAGCAGCCUUGGCCGCAGCGUUAA